AUGGGAUGCCUACACAGGUUUUGCAGGGAAUGUAUCGACAAGUCAAUGCGAUUGGGGAACAACGAGUGUCCUGCUUGUCGUGCACACUGUGCAAGUCGGCGUUCAUUGAGAGACGAUCCAAAGUGUGAUGCCCUAAUAGCAGCUUUAUAUCCGGAUAUUGAGAAGUAUGAGGAGGAGGAAUUGUCUUUCCAUCAGGAGGAGAGGACUCGAAACGAGCAGAUCCAAGCAUCAAUUGCCAAAGUUUUUGAACAACAAUCAGAAGCUCUAACUAAGAGACGCACAUCUGGAAAAGAUAUAUCAGAUUCAAUUCCUAUGAGACCGCGGCCCAAUAAUCAGAGUUCUGUUUUAAGGAAACGGAACUCUCGAGCCGCUGAGGAUGAUAAUGACAAUGACAAUAAUACCAAGGGCAACAAUUCAUCUUCCACUGAUGACCGGUGUACUGAACUUAGGCCAAGACAGCUGAGAAGACGGGCAGGAUUUGGAUCCUCUCAGCCUACUUCAUCUCUGGCCAAUUCAAGUGGAGGAUGCGCUGAAAAUAAUGUAGAAGGGAAACGAGAGAACCGCAGAAUUUCACCUGGUGUUGUCUGGAGCUCUGAAAUGCUUGUUUGGGGGCGGGGUAGUGCUCGGAGUCACACACGGCGUGGCAUUGCUAGUGGUCGCAACAGCAAGAAUUCUGAGAGUACUCGCAUAUCAAAGUUGGUUGAUUAUCUCCAGAGCUCAGAGGAAAACAAUGAUGAGUUAGAUGUUCAUCUCAUGCUUAUUUCUUUGGAUACAAGUUGUGCACCAAGUUUACAGCGGCCACACCUUUCUUGUCGGCCAAGUUUGUCAGUGAAGCACCUGUGUGAAUAUGUAUCUCACCAGACGCCUUUGAGGGCUGAGGAAGUUGAAUUAUUGGCAGUUAAAGGGCCUCCCAGUUCCAAUGACAAGAAAUUGAACCUAAACCUGGUGUCCUUAAUUGAUGAUCCGGAUUCUGUGCGAUUUCUAACAGAUCCAUGUAGUUAUGAAAUCCAAAUUCUGCAAGAAGAAGAAACUUUGGUAAGGAUCAGAGCCAAUUGCACUUCCAGCAGGGACCAUUUGAUUCUCGCAUACAGGCAGAAGGAGAUUAGUUAG